AAUGACGUCACGCCAUUGAGAAUAUGGCGGAUUGUUGGUAGAUGUGUGUUAUCCAGUGACUUUUAUGAACUGGAAAAUGGAAAUAUUUUUUACUUAAUAUACGUUUUGUAUGAUUUAAUUUGUCGAAGUGAUUUCAUUUUUAUUAUUUAUCACGUCGGAUUUAUCGUUUAAACAGUGAAUAUCGGAUUAUUUAAGUGUUUUUUUUAAUUUUUUUUUGUUUUGUUUUGUGCCUAGUGUUGAAGUGUGAAAUCGAUUAAUUUUUACUUUACCAUGCGGAUUAUUGCCAAUGUACAAUGUAUUAGAUAUAUUUAUCGUCAUAUAAUGUUAUAAAGCCGACGAGAUGUCUUUCUUUAGUAAUUUCAAGAAGAUUUUUAGCAUAGGAGGAACUGGAAGUGAAAAUAAGAGGAAGAGACUCUAUCAUAAUAUUAGAUUUAAUGAAAAUCCUGAGGAUUUUUGGAGUAUUGUUGGUGAAUUAGGAGAUGGAGCCUUUGGGAAAGUAUAUAAGGCUCAGAGUAAAGAAACAGGACAGUUGACAGCUGCUAAAAUCUGUGAGCUAAAAGGUGAAGAUGACCUUGAAGAUUUUAUGGUGGAGAUAGAUAUUUUAACAGAAUGCAGGCAUCCAAAUAUAGUUGAAUUGAUCGAAGCAUUUUUUUACGAAAGCAAGUUAUGGAUGUUAAUAGAAUUUUGCGAAGGAGGAGCAUUAGACAGCAUCAUGUUAGAUUUAGAAAAACCUCUUUCCGAACCUCAGAUACGUUAUCUAUGCCAUGAAAUAUGUGUCGCUUUAGAUUUUUUGCAUAAAAAUAAAGUCAUUCAUAGAGACUUAAAAGCUGGAAAUGUUCUGUUAACUUUAGAUGGAGGAGUAAAAUUAGCUGACUUUGGAGUGUCUGCAAAAAACAAAUCAACAAUGCAAAAGAGAGAUUCCUUCAUUGGUACUCCAUAUUGGAUGGCACCCGAAGUAGUUCUUUGUGAAACUUUUCGUGAUAAUCCUUAUGAUUAUAAAGCUGACAUCUGGAGUCUAGGUAUAACACUGAUAGAAUUAGCUCAGAUGGAGCCGCCUAAUCAUGAGCUAAGUCCUAUGAGAGUAUUGCUUAAAAUCCAGAAGUCAGAUCCUCCGACUCUCGAUCAACCAUCAAAAUGGUCAAAAGCAUUUAAUGAAUUUCUUUCAUUGUGUCUUACCAAAGAUCCACAGCAAAGGCCUAAUGCAGAUGAAUUAUUAAAACAUCCUUUUAUUACAUACGCUUCAGAUAAAAAGCCUUUAAAAGACUUAAUUAGUGAAUAUAAAGCAGAAGUAGUUAUAGAAGUUACUGAAGAUGAAGAAGAAUCACAGGAUCUCAGGCUGAAGAGAUUGGAAAAUAGUAGAAAUAGUUUAUGUCGAACUUCUCAUCUAAGUCUGGAGAGUGAAAUUGGCGGCGACAACAUAUCUAAUUUGAGUGAAAAUAUCGAAGAACUUUCAGGGCCUAAAAAGACAAAUGAAGAAGUUCCAGUGAGCGAACCUUCUACUCCUUUCGAAAGUGACAAACCUGUUUUCGAUUCUUUAAAAGAAAGUCCAACAACAGAUAAAUUGCCAGACGAAACGGCAAUGGCUUUCGAAGAAACAAACAAAGACAAAAAGCAAGAAGAUAGCUCCAUUCAUCCCAUCAAGGAUGAAGAAAAUUUAGAAGAAAAAGUUAUAUCGACCGAGGAGAAAGAAACUCAAGUAGAACAAAGUUCUGAAAAUGAAAAGUCACACAAAUCUCAAGUUAAAAGUGAUAAAUUAACAGACAGUCAUGAAAAUUUACCUCAGAAUGUGGAGGAAUGUACAGAAAUUACAGAAACUUCAAAAUUAGAAGACACGAAGAAUUUUGAGAUAGAACAGGCGCAGUCUGAUAUAAUAGAUGAAGCAUCGGAAUUUAAGUCUGAAGAUAUUAAUGUAAAAUGUGAAGACUUAAUAACUGAAAAUAGCCAUUCAGAAAAUUCAGAGAAUGUUUCUGAAGAACAGUUCAUAGAAAAAUCAUUGAUAAAGGACAAUGUUGAAAGCUUAGAGGAUGUUCACAAAGAAGAAAAAGAUCCAGUUUUAAUUUCCGAGUCAAAUGACGAAAAAUGUGAUACAGGAGUUAUUCAGCCUUCCAUUAAUGAUGUAAAUGAUAUUGAAAACAAAGAAACAGUGGAGGAAGACGAAACGGAAAAUUCUAGCAAAGAAGAUAAGGGCAGUAUUGCUAUUUCCGAAAAUGACAUUAAUUGCUUUAGUGAGAAGGAAGUGGAAGAGAGAAGGCAUCAUGAUAAAGUGAAUGAUGAUCAAGAUGAAAUCGAUGAUGCUCUUAGUUCUUUGUUUCAAGCAUUUGAAGAGCAAGAUAAAAUUUGUCCCAUUAACGAAAAGCUGCCUGAAGAUUUGGAACCACGUAGUACAGAAAUAUUUAUAGAAAAACAAGAAACUGUUUUAGAAUCUCCUUCUAUAGAAAAUACUGAAUUUGUACAGCCUGAAAAUGAAAACAUUAUUUCUGAUGAUUCAAAAUCUGAAACUGUUACAGAAAAUAAUGAUAUUAAUCAAAUUAGUUCGUCGGAAACUGCAGAGGCAAAAGCCGAAAGUAACAAAGAUGCUGAUGAAGACGUAGACGAGGUUUAUUCAGAGUGUUUAGAAGUAGUAUCAGAAUCCAAUAUUAAUAAUAAUAAUAAUAAUGUUACUGAAAAUGCAAAUAUUUCCAAAGAAACCCAGAUUUCGGUUAGAAAAGAUGUAACCACUGAAAGUGAAACUGUUGAAAUGUUGAACAAACCAAGUGAAAUUUUAGUAUGUGAGGAGAAAAGUGCAUUUAUAGAAGAAUCAAAAAUUAUAGAUAGUGAUAAAAAGUUACCUGUUGUUGAAGAUGAGAAAACUGUAAAAAGUAAUGAUACUGAUAAUGAUAAUUCAUCUAUUAGUGAAACUCAAGUUAUAUUAAGGAAUAAGACAAAGGAACUGGGCCCAGAUAAAUCUGAGAAGAAGACUCCAAAUGGUGUGGGAAACAGAGGAAUAACUAAACCAAAGACUUUGAAAAGGACAAGAAAAUUUGUUAUCGAUGGAGUAGUUGUAACGACCACUACUAGUAAAGUUAUUUAUGGCGAUGAAGAUAAAUUAGUAAAAGAUGCUCACUUUUUGAGGAAGCAAGAAUUACGAGAGCUUAAAAUGUUACAAAAGCAGGAAACAAAACAAUAUCAAGAUCUUCUCGCUAAAGGUCAAUAUGCAAAAGAACAACAAGAAAAACGAUUUGAACAAGAAAUGUCUACAUUGACGAGAAGCUACGACAAUGAUUUAGAAAUUCUAAAUCGGCAGCAAAAGCAGCAAGUAGAAAGAGCGGAACAGCAGCAAGAAAUUGAUUUGAAAUUAGCCUCGAAAAGAAUUAGGAGUGAACAGGAAAGAGAUCUAAAACAGUUUAAAGAAAGUUUAAAGAAUGAAUUAAAAUUAUUAAAACAAGAAAUGGAAUUGUUACCAAAAGACAAGAGAAAAGAAAUUUUCCGCCUUCGAAAAGAGAAAAUGGACUUGGAACAUGCCGAAAAGGAAAGAUUAUUUAUAGAAAAUUUGAAUGAAAAGCACGAACAGUCGAUGAAGCGUCUGAGCGACAGUCACUGUGAAAAAAUUGCACUUUUGGAAAGACAGUUUUUACAACAAAAACAGCAAUUAUUGAGAGGUCGUGAAGCGGCUCUCUGGGAACUAGAAGAGCAUCACCUCCAUGAAAAGCAUCAAUUAGCAAAAAGACAACUAAAAGAUAUUUUCUUUCUUCAGAGACACCAAAUGUUAAUUAGACAUGAAAAAGAAUUAGAGCACAUAAAGAGAAUGAAUGCUCGCAAGGAGGAGGAAUUGCUAAAGUGGCAGGCAGUCGAGAGGCGCCAACUCCCGAAACGGAUUCGUUCAGAGAUGAAGACACGCGAAUUGAUGUUUAAGGAAAGUCUACGAAUAAGCAUGGCGAAUAUAGCCGAGUCUCCCGAGGCAGAGAGAGACAUGUUAAAAAAGUUUCAAGAAGGAGAAAAGAAACGCUACAAAGCAGAACAGCAGCGACACGAUAUGAAAUACAAGCGACAAUUAGAUGAUCUCAGAAUAAAUUCAGAAUCAACAAUUAAGGAAUUAGAACAGUUACAGAAUGAGAAAAGAAAAAUGUUAAUGGAACACGAAACUAUGAAACUGAAACAGUUGGAUGAUGAACAUACCACCGAACUUCAAGAUUGGAGGAUUAAACUGAAGCCUAGAAAACAAAAACUGGAAGAGGAGUUUGCGAGGCAGCAAGAAGAACAAGAGAAGUUUUAUCACUCCAACAUUCUCCUCAACAGUUACACUGAGAACGACGCCUGCAGCCUCCACACGCCCAGCACUCCCGGCUCGGAAAUCUCCUUUCCAUCAACGUUUGGGUCAUUGUAACGGAGAGUGUACAGCACCUUACAUGAAUUUUUUCAUGGGAGAGGGAAAAAAUAUUGUGCCAAAUUGGGACAUUUUAAUGAAUAUAGACUAUAUAAAAUUAAGAAAAUUGUUUAUAUUCUUCACGGGCUGUAAAAAUUUUAGAGAUAUAUGAUUCGCAUACAUAUCAGUUAUGUAGCGUCAUAAUGUUGAAGUUAUGAAAGGUUUGAAACCGAGCAGAGAUAACCUAAAAUAGAAUCACGCUAUUGCACUUCGGCGUCUGACCGAACGUCGUCGGUACUCAGGGUCGUAAUGAAAGUUCUCUUUUCUUAAUUUCCGACGCAUUCUGUGCAAUGGAAUAUCAAAAAACAAAAGAAAUGUUUUUUUUAGUUAUUUUUAGAAAUUGUAUAGUUCAAGUUUAGCAAUAUUUUUAUUGGAAUGCUUAGUUAUUCCAUUUCUUAAAACAGUAAAACUGUUUUUAUUUUUUAAUUUGAAGUAGCUUUAUUCUUAUAUAUUAACUCUAGCAUUCAUUCUCUCCGCAUUUUUUUUAAAC